AUUAUUUGUUUUAACAGUUAGACCGGAAGUGAAUCGUAAAAAAUGAAAACAACAAAAUUCACGACACUUGUCUUUAUUUCGUAGCGAAUUUUACGGCCCUUUCUGAUCAUUUUGAGUGUUAAAUUAGAAAAAUAUGGAUAUGCUGAGUAGCUGGUGGGGCGGAAAGCCAGAUAACAAAAUAUCGGAAAACAAAGUCAGUAAUCAAGAUGAUGGAGGAGGUGAAACUGGACCCAAAGAAAAAGACCGAAACGAGGACGAUACUCCAGCUUUGGAAGACACGGCUCCUCGUAUUGCAACGCCAGCAGAUACGGGGGAACAAGGGCCAGGUUCCGCUAAUGAGCCAGAGGAGCACCCGAGUGGCGAUGACAACAACGACAAAGAAUCGGUCGACACGAAAGCGAAUGACGGAACAAAAACUGAAGACAAAGGAACACCUGCACUUGGUGGCUUGACCAAAAUGACAAAAGAAGAAGCAGCUGAGGCUGCAGAGGCAGCAUUAAAUUCUGCAUAUAGUUUUGGCAGCUUUUUAUUCAAGAAGGUUUCUGAUACUGCAUCUAAGACAGCUAACAUGAUCCAGAAGACAGUUGAAGAACAGACGAUAGUAGGAGAGUUUACAAGGGAACAGCAGAAGUUUGUAAAGGAGAAGCAUUCUAAGAGAUCGGAGGCAGCUGUACCUCCAUGGGUUGGGUACAAUGAAGAAGAGCAGAUGAAAGAACAGAUCCUUGCUUUAUCACAGGACAAGAGGAAUUUCAUGAGGAAUCCUCCGGCUGGCGUCCAGUUCCAUUUUGACUACAAUACCAUCCAUCCUAUCGCCAUGGCAACCCUACAAGAGGAUCCUAAUCUCCAAAAGAUGAGAUUUGCUCUGGUUCCAAAGAAGAUAACGGAAGAGAACUUCUGGAGGAAUUACUUCUACCGUGUUUCGCUUAUCAAGCAGUCUUCACAGCUAACAUCAUUAGCAUCAAAAUCAGGCGAUGAAAGGAGAAAAAGUAACGGGACUGGUUCUGCUUCACAUUCAUCAGAUGAAGGUUCAUCGCUAAAAGGUGACAAGACUCCUCCUAUUGAUGUGAAGGGCGCCCCCAGUGCUCCUGCCAAACCCACCAAGUCCGAAGAAGAUCAGCUGGAUAUGGAAACGCCCGACAGUCCGCCAGGGUCAGAGUUCAUCAGCGAUGCUUUCAACUCUGAAUUGGAUGAAGAUGAUCUGAUGAAGGGCAUGGAACAGCUUGGAAUGGACAAAAAAGGUGAAGAGGGAGGAGAAGAAGAAGUUCCGGAAUGGGAAAAAGAACUUCAGCAAGAGCUUCAGGAUUAUGAGGUCGUCGGGGAGGAGCAGAACGAGGAAUGGGAGAGAGAGAUCAAUCAGAUGCUGGAGGAUGAAGUGGACAAACAAUCGUAAUAAUGGCUGGACACGCCCAUGGACCCGCCCAUCGACACGCCCAGUGACACGCCAAGUGACACACCCAGGGACACGCCAAGGAGGACCAAAUAGUGUCUUGACCGAACUCAAGAAUCUCUUAAAACCCACAGGUUGUAUUUAUGGGCAUUGUUGUACAAGUAGGAACUCUUAGGGAAGAAGAGAAUCUAGUAGUCGGGGGAUUAAAGACUAAAUCGUCUACCAGUUCGAUCCUCUAUUCAGCAUCUUGGUAUCGGAGGAUUCACUGUUCCAUGAGCUUUACUAGGUAAAUCGGUGGUCAGCAGAAACCACCAGAUAUCCUGUUAACCAGUGGUUAUGGUCCUGAUUUUGAUGAUCAUGUUGAUUGUCUUUAUGAUGAUGAUGAGGAGGAUUAUGAUUAUUAUGAUGACAUAGUGAUGAUGAUGGUCCUGAUUUUGAUGAUCAUGUUGAUUAUCUUCAUAUAUGAUGAUGAUGAGGGUUAUGAUUAUUAUGAUGACAUAGUGAUGAUGAUGGUGCUGAUCUUGAUGAUGGUGAUGAUGAUGAUGAUGGUGAUGAUGAUGAUGACAAUGACGAUGAUGAUUGAUUGUGAUGAGAUACGUGCAAAAUGUCUCGGGUUUUACUUGGCCGUCUGCAUCCUAGGCUCUUUCUCAUCCCCUCAAAGAUUCUUUCUCAUUCCUCGAUCAAACCCCAUAAAACGCUGAGCCUGGUGACAUACCAAGUCAUGGUUUAAUGUUUUCUCCUGCAUUAUUGAUCUUGAACAUUUAUAAUCUUGGUGACGAGGAUGAUGAUGAUGAUGGUGGUGAUGGUGAUGUGAUGAUGAUGAUGAUGCUGAUGAUGAUGCUGAUGAUGAUGAUGAUGAUGAUGAUGAUGAUGUGAUGAUGAUGAUGAUGAUGAUGAUGAAUAUUAUGAUGAACUGAUUAUCUUGGUAGAUAUAAUCUCCAAUACUUUGACGAUGAUGAUGUGCUAUGUGCUCAUGCAACCACAGUGAAAAACAUUGGGCAAGGAUAACAGUACACUGGAAUUGGAAUCUUAACAAAAUGUGUUUGCAUGAUCAAGUUGAUGUUGUAUCACAGAUUCGUGGACCAACUAGUACCAUGUUUUAUUUCAUACCAACUACCCUGUUAUAUACCAAAAUUAUUACAUAAUAUCGGAUGGCCGUGAGUGGGAUACGUAAUUUCAACGUAAAUAAUAGUGGCUACUUAUUUAGUGCACAGGUCCACCUUUCGGUGCUCAUGGCGCUUUAAGAUAUAUAUAAAUGAACAUGAAAUGAAAUAGAAAAAGAAAAAAAAUUAAAUUCUCCUGAAGACAACACUAUUGAAUUGUUAAUGGGAAAGGAACAAAUAUGUGUCAGUUGGGAAUUUCAGAUCAUGUAGACAUGAUUUAAGAUUAUUGAAAAAAAAAUUGAAACGAAUAUUCAAUUGUAUUUGCUAAGGAAUGGCAAAUCCGCUGCCCAAAAUACUGCUAGACUAUUAGAUCAAUGAUCCUACCAUUCAGAUGGGUUUUUCUACGGUAUGUUAUCCAACUAAAGCCAACUAGGCUACAAUAAGGUACAUUUAUAUAACAGAACAUAUAUAUACAGAAUUCUAUCAUUUGAGAGAGGUAUGUGGGUGGUACUAAACCCAAUGAAAGUAAAGGUAAAGCUGACAUCCGUGAUCACGUCCAUGACAUAACAAUUAAGAUAUCGUUGAACUUGUUUAGGGGGUCAAUUCAGGGAAUACUUGUUAAGGGUACCUUUUUAUUUCCAAUACUUGUUAAGGGUAGGGUUUCACACACCAAUACUGUUAAGGGGUGCAUUUUCAAAACAUUGAAACCCCAUGGUUACGUAUGGUAUCCACUCGUCAAUGGAAAUGCCCCUCCUCCCCCGGGAUUUACGGCAGCGUCAUGCAGGUAUGUCAGGCAAACCAGCUUGCGGCUGGUGCCCUAUUUUACACGAAAACCCAGUCAUAACCCAGGCACAGAUGUGCAAGUGUAGAUACAAGAAGGUGAAGGUAUUUAAAUUAAUCCCAUUUUUAUGUAACUUUCUCUUCUUUUCAGCUUACAUGUAUAUUGUUCAGGGCCUACCGGGUAUUAUGUAUUUACAUGUUCUCAAGAAAGUAUUAUAUUUCAUUAUAAUUUUUUGUAUUAUAGAACGUUUAGAAAUCAAUUUUGUAUGAACCCAACAAUGAAAUGAUGGUACUUAUUAUUAGUCUCUCUGAUCAUGAAAUAAGUUUAUUUUCAUUUGGUCCAAUGCCAAUUCAUCCAAUUGCCUACUCGUCUACUAUCAUUUGGUCUACCAUUAGUUUGUCCAAUAUCCACAUGGUCUAAUUGCCAUUUCGUCCACUCACCAUUUUGUCUAAUAACCAGUUGGUCCAAUAGCCAUUUAGUCCAUAUACAAUUUAGUCUGAUAAGACUAUUGGGCUAAAUGAAUGAAAAUAAAAUGAAUAUUAGACCAACUGGUUAUGAGACAAAAUGGUCAUAGACGAACUGGUGAUUAGACGAUGUGAUGAUUGGACCAAAUUGUUAUUUGACCUAAUGGUUGUUAGACGAAAUGUUGAUGGACGGAAUGGCAAUAGACUAAAUGAAGGUAGACCAUAUGGUGAGUGGACGAGUUGGCAGUGGACAAAUUGGCAAUUUACCAUGAAAUAUACUGAACAGAAGCUUUAUUUCAAAACCAUGCCUUACAGGGGAAGUGAACUGCAUGUUGCCUCUUAUUGACUGUCUUAUAAAUGGCUAAUCUUCAAAUAUAACUAUUGUGAUAACUAUUAGUAAUACAAAGGAUAAAUUAGCCUAUAAUUUUAUCGUAAUAGCUAAACUAAAAUGUUUUUUAGAAGAAAGGUACCUGUUUUGCUUCUUGGUAACAUAAUUAUAAUGAUAUGCAUGUAUUGAGCAGUGAAUUAAUGUGUUGCCAUUAAAAUGGGCCUGAAUCACAAGACUAUAUUGUGCAGAAUGUUGCAUUAUGGGUAAUAAACCUGGCCAGAUAUGAGUGGUUGAAGACUUGAGGUGGGGCUAUUAAAUUAAGGUUAGUAACUGGUUUGUUUGCCCUUUAAACCUACAUGUAUGGUUUAGCUAUCGAUUGGUAGACAAAUAUGGCAAAACUGCAUCCUUGUACUUUUUGUUUAUUCCAUUUGGCCAUCAAAUAUAUUGUUGUAGACAUGAGUGACAAUAAUCUUGUACAAAGCAUUUUUUUCUUUCAAGUUGUGAAAAGGACCAAAAUUAUCAAAUGCAUGUCUUAAGACUAUCCCUUUCCCUAUUCUUGUCUGAAUUUGUUCAACUGGUAUCUUGUUUAGAAAGUAAAAAAAAAUAAUUAGGCAUUUAUAAUUGCGUAUUUAGCACUUAACAUUUACUUUAUCAGAAGUCUCUAAGCACUCUACAGUAAUGUAGCAUAAUUAUUACCUUGGCUUUAGCAGAGCAGCUUUAACGCACGCUGCGUUUCAAGGAAUAAAUUCCUACCAGGUACCCAUUCACCUCACCUGGGUUGAGUGCAGCACAAUGUGGAUAAAUUUCUUGCUGAAGGAAAACACAUCAUUGUUUGGAAACAAACCCACGUCCCUCAGAUUGAAAGAUGAUAGUAAUAACCACUAGACCAUGACGCCAUCAUUUAGUCAAGGUCGAUCUAGACCGGUGAAUGGAAGUUAUUUUAUGGUAUUUUAACUUCAUGAUAUGAGUGAGUAAUAUGAAUGAUCCUUGUGCAUAGAGAAAAACCAAUAUUGCAUUGAUAAUUGAUCGGUUUAUUAAUAAUGCACCAAUAAGGAAUGAUUGUUUUGCUUUUAUAUUGGACUGUUUGUUGACUAUAUUUUAGAUGUGGCCUUGGUUAAUGGUUAUUGCCAUUUCACAAGGUUCAGUUUGAUUAUUUUAGCCGUAGUAAGCACAUGAGGGUAUUGUUGGGUUGGGUUUAUUGAAAUAUGAAACAUGUGUAGAUGUAUAACAUACGGUUUAUAUUUAUUGGAUUUUGGUUUGGGUUAUGGAAUGUCGAUAAAUGAAUAAUUCUGUGACUGUCUAUUCCCCCUUUUUUAAUUCAAGGGAGGGCUGGAAUUAUAUCAGUGGUUUAUUAUCUUUUUUUUCUUUGAAAACUAUAUCAAAACCAGAACAAGUAUGUACAAUACAUACCUGUAUAUGUUAUAUAUAUCAGUGGUAAGAUACAAAAAGUAUAAUAAUUUUUGUGCAUUAUCAAUGCUUUACGGCUCAGUAUUUUGUGUUAAAAGUAUUUGAUCCUCAAAACUAGGCCUUGUUGAGUUUCGCACAAGCCUAAAUUCUGUGACAUCAUUGUAUGAACAAACUUGUAGUCGUAUUCCUAUGUGUAUAUUUUGAUUGUAUUUUUGUUUUCCAGAUUACUAAUUUGGAAUUAAAAAGAAAUUACAUAGAAAGGUAUAAUCAGAGGUAUCUCCUGCUUUAAUUGGUGAAAUUGGUGGGGAUUUUUUUACCUGAUUGCUGAGAAAGCAUGAAUGCUUGUAAGCGAGCAACCAGAGGACCGACAGCUUAAGGUCCUCUCCAAAGGACCUGGUAGGGAGGAUUAAUGCCUUACCAAAGGUUACUAGCGCACCAAGUGGGAAUCGAACCCGGGUCACCGGAAUACGAAUCCCCCGCUCUAACGACUGAGCCAUCGCGCCUCCUACAGGUCUUGAUCAUAUAUUUGCUCAAGCAAAUACCAACUUAUAUGCUGUAUGUAUGAAUGAAACUUGCAAAAUAUGUGUUGUAGCUUAUUACCUUUCUUUUAAUGGAAAUUUAAUUUUCACUCAAAAAUAAUAUGACUUACCCCCCCCCCCCCCACCCCGCCAUUCUCUGGGGGAAAAAUCAUUGAUUGAUGUUGCUUUAAUAUUGAUAUUACCAUUCAAAUACAUAACUAUGUCUGAUUCUGACCUAUAAAGCCAGGAUUAGUUCUCAGAUAUAUUUUGCUUUCUUUCAUCAUUGUCAAUACAUUACAUACAUGUACAUGCAUUGCACACCAUGUAUGUUGUUAAUUUUGAUUUUUAAUUAUAUUUCUUUUGAUUGAUUUCCUUGUUUGUAUAUUAUUAGUGUUACAUAUUUUAUGCUGAAACAUAAUAAUAAACCUUGUACAGUAUACCGAUCCAUCUGUGGAUGAGGGGAAUUCUUUUUCCUUGUAAAAUAUAUUAAUUGUCAAUAUAUACUUCUAUAUUUAAUUCAUAAUGAUAAGCAUUGCUGUAAAGUAUCAGAGAAAACAUUGCAAUAUGGGUUGUAAUAAUAAAUGCAUCAAUAUAUCA